CCUAUCUGCAAUCUCUCUCUCUAGAUUAAUAUUAUUAUUUUCAAUUGUUCGUGUAAAUUUCUCUCUCUUAAUUGGUGAAGAUCUGUUCUUUUUGAUGGAUGAAACUUGCUAGGGUUGUCCUCCUCCUAGGACCAACCAGUCAUGGCUAUGUCCAGCUUUUGCCGUCAAAAGGGGAUCUGUUCUUUUUGAUGGAUGAAACUUGCUAGGGUUUUCCUCCUCCUAGGACCAACCAGUCAUGGCUAUGUACAGCUUUUGCUAUCAAAAGGGGGGUUUUCCUCCUCCUAGAACCAACCAGUCAUGGCUAUGUCCCCCUUUUGCCAUCAAAAGGGGGGUUUUCCUCCUCCUAGAGCCAACCAGUCAUGGCUAUGUCCAGCUUUUGCCAUCAAAAGGGGCGGCUGUGGAUCGAGAAAUUAUUGCAUCUGUAUAAUGGCACAGCAUACUCUACCAUUCUUGUUAUAUGACUUGGUUGAAAUUCAUUGCUUUGCUUGGGUUGCAGUUGAGAAUAUUUUUGCUUAUGCCUCUACGAGGUUGGAGAUUGAGGAUUGGGGAAGACAGUUUAAAACACCAAUGGGCCAGUGGCUUCAAAGGGAGGUCAAGCUCCAAAGAAAAGCUCUAUGUGGCAUGGAGGAGAGUGUGCGCGCUAGCAAAAGUAGCACGGAGAUUAUUAAACAAGGGAUUAGAUGGGGGUUUUCAAGGAGGAUAAACAUGGGCCACAGUAAUGAUUUACUUAUUAAACCAAUCUGGUAAUAGAAUCAGAUUGUGUUAUCACAAAUAAGAAAUAAGGUGGUGUGUGUGAUUCAUUCAAUGUUAUAGAAUGAGAGCAAAUAAGGUUUCUGAAUUAGAUAAGUAAAUUAUAUUGGGGAAAAGAUACAUAUUCAUUCUAUGGUUAUCAAGGACCGAGGUAGCAAACCCGCCAUUGUGCCCA